AUGAUGUUCUAUCAAUACUCUGUCGCUACAGCCUUCAUGCUGGUAACAGCCAUUACGGCAACAUUGGACCCUGCGACGUCGAACACAAAUGGCAGCUACCCUUCAGCCCCCAGCUGCUCACCCAUCAAGACCAGUAAAGCCAUCCAAGCCGCCGAGUGCAGCCACAACACACGCACAUCCAAGCAAACCUUUGCCGUCUUCACCCAAGACCACCAGUACGACGGCAACCACGGCUGGCCGUACGGAACAUGCGAAGCAUACAACUGCGCACCAGGAUCGGCCAUGAAGGCCAAAGCCGGUACCUGGACGUUCUUUUGGGACGCAGCCGGUGUGAAGGGCAAGGAGAGCGGUGAUGGCGCGGGAUGCAUCAAGAGUCCCAAGGAUAGCACUUGUGGAUGUGAGAACUCGGAUGGAACGUUCAUCUACAAGGGCACAAACUGCAAGUAG